CAUUAUGUAUUUAUAGUGUUUCCUAUCUGUACGGUCCGCCCCCGGCCCUUUUCUCCCCGGGCCCAUUGUUUCCACCCGGACUCGAAAUAGAGACCGGACCCCUCUUCUGUGAGCUCGUCUGUGGCCUUUCUCCCGCCUCAUGGCUUUCAACUUCGGGGCCGCUGCCAGCGCUGCCGCCGCCCCGAACCCCGCGGGAUUUGGUGGGCUUGAAACUGCAAACUCCACUGCUCCUGGGUUUAAUUUUGGGGGUUUCGGAUUAACUGCUAACCCUGCAGUGAAUUUUAAUAUUGGGAAUUUUGGUGUUUCAACUACCUCGACGCCGCCAUUCAAUUUUGGUAACAGUUUGGCCAGUGCAGGGGCCUUUGGCGGGUUUGGGACAACAACCACUGCAGGUGGAUCUACCUUUAGCUUCUCAGCUCCUACCAACACAGGUACCACUGGGAUUUUUGGUGCGACCCAAAACAAAGGUUUUGGAUUUGGUACUAGCUUUGGGACAGCAACAGGCACCGGUACUGGCCUUGGCACAGGCUUGGGAACAGGCUUGGGAUUUGGUGGUUUCAACACUCAACAGCAGCAACCAACACUUGGAAGCCUUUUCAGUCAGCCGGCCCAGGCCCCUGUCCAAUCCAACCAACUCAUAAACACAGCAAGUGCUCUUUCUGCACCCACUCUUUUGGGAGAUGAGCGGGAUGCAAUUUUGGCCAAAUGGAACCAGCUGCAGGCCUUUUGGGGCACAGGCAAAGGAUAUUUCAACAGUAACAUCGCCCCAGUGGAAUUUUCACAGGAAAACCCAUUCUGUAGAUUUAAGGCAGUGGGCUACAGCUGCAUGCCCAACAACAAGGACGAAGAUGGCUUGGUAGCAUUGGUUUUCAACAAAAAGGAAGCAGAGGUCCGAAGCCAGCAGCAGCAACUUGUUGAAUCAUUGCACAAACUCUUAGGUUCAAACCAGACUCUCACCGUAAAUGUUGAAGGGGUGAAGACAAUGCCAGAUGACCUGACUGAAGUAAUCAUCUAUGUGGUUGAGCGGUCACCAAACGGGACUUCCAGGCGAGUCCCAGCUACCACUCUCUAUGCACACUUUGAACAAGCAAACAUCAAAAGCCAACUGCAGCAGCUUGGAGUUAGCCUGACCUUGGCAAGAACAGAACUGUCGCCUGCACAGGUCAAGCAGCUGCUGCAGCAUCCUCCCGCAGGCGUAGACCCUAUCAUUUGGGAACAGGCCAAAGUGGAUAAUCCUGAUCCUGAAAAGUUGAUUCCUGUGCCAAUGGUUGGCUUCAAAGAACUCUUGAGGAGGUUGAAAGUCCAAGACCAAAUGACAAAACAGCAUCAAACUAGAUUAGAUAUAAUCUCGGAAGAUAUAAGUGAGCUUCAGAAAAACCAGACAACAACAAUGGCCAAAAUAGCUCAGUACAAAAGGAAACUUAUGGAUCUUUCUCACAGAACGUUACAGAUUUUAAUUAAACAAGAGAUCCAGAGGAAAAGCGGCUAUGCCAUCCAAGCCGAUGAAGAACAGCUGCGAGUACAAUUGGAUACAAUUCAGUGUGAACUCAAUGCACCCACACAGUUUAAGGGUCGGCUGAAUGAACUGAUGUCUCAGAUUAGGAUGCAGAACCACUUUGGAGCCGUGCGAUCGGAAGAGCGGUACUACAUCGAUGCUGACCUCUUGCGUGAAAUUAAACAGCAUUUGAAGCAGCAACAAGAAGGCCUCAGUCACCUGAUCAGCAUCAUAAAAGACGACCUGGAAGAUAUAAAGCUGAUAGAGCACGGAUUAAAUGAAAGCAUCCCUCUCAGAGGAGGAGUCUUCAGCUGAUGAGUCCCUCCUUUCCUUCGGAGGUCAGUGGAUGACACGGCUUUUUCUCCGUGACCAAAACUCACUAGGUUUUAAAAAAAGAAAAAUCAAUAAACCUUAGUGUGGGUUCUUAGAGACCGCCAGUCCUGUCAGAAUACUUUCCAUGUUUUUCAGCUUCAGGCGUCAAUGAGGUUUAGGUUUAUAAAGAUGUGCUUGGUUUCAAGACGACAGACUUUAGAUUCCUUACAAGCUGAUCUGUAUCCUAAACCUGCAUUUUCUACACAAUCAAAUUCAUGUUUUGUUUUUUUUUUAAAAAAAUGUAUUAAUACUGGUAGGAAAUUCUUUUUCCAGCAGAAAACAAAAGUCAGUAACUGCUGGUUUUUGUGGCCACUAGCCACUCUUCAUUUCUAGAUACACUGCUUAUGAACAAAAGCUUUGAACUUGGCGGCUUAUAGGGGAAAACAACUGGGUGUCUGUUGUGCUCCUUUGGGGCAAAUGUUGGUGAAAGGUGAACUUUUAAGUUAUUAGAACUGGCUUAUAUGUUUGUUUCAUUUUAUAUCAUUCUACUUUAUCAGAAUUUGCAGCAUCAUUCAUUCAAGGGAUAAUAAAAUCAAUCUUUAUUUCCA